AUGACAGGGAAACUAGCGGACAAGCUCCCUCUUAUCAUGAGCAGUUUAACAAACACGAUUCCUGACAGUCUUUACCAAGAAGAGGACAUUCCGACGUCUAUGAACAUUUUCACCAAUACGGAUUCUAUAAACCACUACUCGCAAAUGAAUACAGGUAAGCAUAGUUUACUUUGUUUGUGAUGUGAUUGGAUUAUGUUCUAUCCAGUCUCUGUUGUAACUACAUCGCGUCUCAGCUGUAGAGAUAAUGCAGGCACCGCAACAGUUGUCUUGGAGCGCACGCAGUGACCAUCAUCCAGGCACCUGUUUGCGCUUCGGGCUGUUACGCACAGAAUCGAUCUCGAUUGAAUACUUUGUUUUUUAAAGCAUAUUUCACAAUGGUUGGAUACUAUUAUUUCGAUGACAUGUAAAACAAGUGCUGUAACUGUUAGUGUUAACCAUAUUAUGAGAGGCAAGCUUUUAUGACAGAAAUAUGCUUAACCAUGUCCAAGCCUAUGAGUUUCACUGGCUACUGUCACAAUUUCACGACCUGUAAUUUGCAUGUAAGGUCAAACAGUAAUGUAAAUAGGUCUAACAUUAACUUAUCUGCUCUGGUGAAAGCUUACCCAAAAUGAUUGACAUGUCUUUAAAGUGAAAGUAAAACGCACAAAUUGACGAAAAGGUCAUAGAUUAAAAAUCGUUCAUAGAUUAAAAUCUAAUCACCAAAACUAAAACAUUAAUUAAUGUGGUAUGAUAGGCCUACAUAUUUUUUGUUAAAUUAAAUUGAACCAUGAUAAAGCCACAGUUUUGUUGAUAGUCUAUAAAUAAAUGUGCCACUGUAACCAAAACAACAUUGCAUACAUUGCCUAUGCACAAGAUAUUCAUUAUUUCUCGCUAACAUUACACUAAUUAAUGAAUCAUUGUUUGUGUAUUUAUUGACAAUUUAGAAAUUGUUUUUGGAUUGGACUAUGUGUGGCAUGGCCAUCCACUGUAAAGUGGGCGUUUGACCGGCGUUGAUUUUCAAACUUGCCCAUGCCCAUAGCCUCACGCGUAGGCUGUAGGCCUUAUAGCAGGCUUUACGACGAUUGGGCUACAUAUAGCUACAGAUCUAUGUAGAUAUUUUAUUUGUUUGCUCUCACUGGAAUGCAAGUCUCCAGGUGACAGCAACUUUCAUUUUGAGAGAUGUGUGUCCAUUCUGUUUAAAUUGAAUGCAAGGGUUUGUCAAUUCUAAAGUGAAGUUUAGAAGAACCACUUUUAUAUGAUAAUUGAAACGACCCUUGAUAGCAGCACAUACAUGUUUUCAGAUCAAUACGCUUCAGACUCACCAACAGAUUUUAUUCAACUUUACAGCUGGCAGUAGGCUAUAUAUAGCUGUAGCACAUUUCAAUUGGACCUCUUGGGCCUGUAUAUCAAUAGGUGAGGAAUGACAAUUGUAUAGUAGCCUACUGAAAGUGUCUCACUCAAAAAUGUAUAUAUUUUACAUUAAAUAAUUGUUGUUGGAGUUGUUGUUAGCGGCAAGAUAAAGAUUAAGGCCUAUAAAAUCUUUAAUAAUUAAAUAUAAUACAGUAAAGUAGUCUAAUUAUUUAACUAUACAGAAGUAUAUAGCCAGCUGAAGUGCCAUUAUUCAUUAGAGGUUAAUCAAUGUAUGGUUUAAAUUGUCCUAAUAUGAUCUAUAUUGAUUAUUGAAUAUCUAAGGACAUUUGUUAUUUGUCAAUAUGUUAGGCCUAUUUAUAUGCAAAGUAAAUAAUUAGAAAUUGUAGAUAACCUUUCAAAUGACUGAAAACACAGCACCAACCACUUCUAAUUAUAAUAUUGAUAUAGCUAUGUUCUAUCAUUACACAUCCCCAUGCCUUAGUCCAGUAGUGUUUGCCAAUGCGUUAAAAUUACAUUUGCUCUGAUAUAAGUAUCACCUCUCCAUACUCCAGUGAUAACAGCAUGCUUUUUAUAACUAAUCAAUACAUUUCAUGAAAGAGAUGGAAAACCUUUACAUGUCUCACAAUUAGGUUAGCCAGGUGUUUACCAGGUUUGCCAGGUAGCCAUCAAUAUAUGAUAAUGUGACAUGUUCAUUUCAUAUAAUAUCUGAAGUACAUAUUUGAUACCUCUAGAGUCAGGUGUUAGGUCCCUUGUGCAAGUGGUGUUCUCUCACAAUAUUCACCCCCAAAGCAAUAACACCAGCUCACUUGAGAGCAAUAUCUGUGACACUGCUUAAUCGUUCAAAUCAAAAUAUUGAGGAAGAUUACAGCAAGAUAUAAUGUCUGCCUUGUAUUCAUAUAGCCUACUGUCUAAAACACAAUCCUAAGCAUUUGCUAUUUUUAGGCUUGUUUUCUUCAACUUCACCUCCAGAAUAAUUAAAAUAUAUGCCAAAAGGUAUUGAAUUUACCUCAUGUGUUCAAUAGUUGUGUGAAAGAUAUGUAAUUUUGGUUUUGUUUGUUUCAUCAUGCUUUGCCCUUAGCCAAAUUCUGGUAAACAGACAGUAAUUACUGGGACUGAAUAUAUAAGCACCCUUGUGUAUAAUUUAUUGCAACUUGAAUGAUGGGCUGAUAUAGGCUAUGUCUGAUGAUGUAUGAAUUAUUUUAAAAUGUCUGCACAAAACAUGUUAAAAUGUCUGCACAAAACAUGUUAAAAUGUCUGCACAAAACAUGUUAAAAUGUCUGCACAAAACUGUGCCAUCUCAGAACUGCAUUCAUUUGGAUAUUUUUAUUGCAGGUGUCUGAUAUGACAUUUAAUUGUAAUGCUGCCACAUAUAUCUAAGAUAGGCUACUACAGUACUAGUAAAAUACACACUGACAAAAGUGCAAGAAACAAGAAAGUUACUGUGAACAUAACAUUUAGCUAGAAGACCAAAUGUGCAUUUCUAUGGCCGAUUGUGCAUAGCUGACUAAGUGAUCUGAGUAGGAAGUACACUUUACAGUUCAAGUUGCUCAUUUUGUGUAGAUUUCAUGUUCUGCUAAAACCCAUGCAGAUACAAUACAUGUAAGAGUGCUGGCAGUGGUGUCUGGCUUACACCCUGUUGUGAGGGAAUCAGAUAUUGCCAUUCAGUGUGGCUGUCCUCCUGUGGGACAUACAAUGACUGGAUCAAAGGGGUGUUUAGGUCUUGAUUUAUGAGAGCUUGUGGGAUCUGAAAGAGAGAACAUUGUCUCAGAUGCACAAGUCAGUCGAUAAACUUGCAGGUCUGACACCACCGCUCACUUUUUCCUAAUGAACUGGAUUGGACUGAUUUGUUUUAUGAUUUCUUCUUGGCAGACUAUUUGCAGAGAUAUACAGAGAACCUGAAUUUCGGACUAAUCGAGUACUCUGACUGAAAUAUCAAGCAGGUUUAUAUUUAUCAUAGUCUAGUAUAGUAGCUUCUAGGCUUCGAGAAACUUUUCUGCACUUUGUACUGCACACUUUCACGUAUGUUUUUUUUCUAACAGGUUCUGCUUUUAGUUGUAUUUCAUUUCAUGUUAUAACAGCUGGGUGAACUAUUCAUUGACACUCUACUUCAAUUUGUUUCCCUUUCAUCCAGAUAAUAUCAUGGAUCUGGGGAUGGGAAGUGAUAAGGGAAAUGCAGAGAUCCAGUACGGCUCUAACUUCCAGUCCAGCCGCAGCGGGCAGCCCGUGACCUAUCUGGGGAAGUUUGCCUUCGACACUCCUCCAUCGGGUGGAAUUGGGGGCUCUGGCUGGUGUUCAGACAACAAUAUAAUUAGUUUAGUAAGUGCUGGGAUCCUGGGCGUCUCCCCGUCGCCUGGCACUAUCACCGCACAGACGUCGUCCUCUGGAGCCAGCAUGGGCGGCCAGUCAUCAGAUACGGAACAGGUCUAUUGUCCGCCACUGCCCGCUUAUUCCACCUGCAGUGACCUGUACCAGGACCAGGUCUCCUUCCACCACAGCCCUGCCACCAGCACUGCCCUCGGCUACCCCAGCAAUGACUACCACACCACCUCCAAGCCCUCCAUGGACGGGAGCCUUUUCUCUAUGAUCCCAGACUAUAACAUCUUCCAUCAUCAGGGUGAGGUUGGCAUGAUGGAGCACAAGCCUUUCCAGUCCAUGGACCCCAUUCGUGUCAACCCCCCACCCAUCACACCACUAGAGACCAUUCGAGCAUUCAAAGACAAGCAGAUUCAUCCAGGUUUCAUGGGUGGGCAGCAGCAUGCUCCUCAGCACCACCAGCCACCACAGACACUAACACUCAAACCCAUCCGACCACGGAAGUACCCAAACCGGCCCAGCAAAACCCCUGUGCAUGAGCGGCCACAUGCCUGCCCAGCAGAAAACUGUGACAGACGCUUCUCCCGUUCAGAUGAACUGACACGCCACCUCCGCAUCCACACAGGUCUCAAACCCUUCCAGUGCCGCAUAUGCAUGCGCUCCUUUAGCCGAAGCGACCACCUGACUACCCACAUCCGCACGCACACGGGCGAGAAGCCCUUCUCCUGUGAGUUCUGUGGACGCAAGUUCGCCCGGAGUGAUGAGCGCAAAAGACAUGCCAAAGUUCACUUCAAGCAGAAGGACAAGAAGCCGGCCGACAAGGGGAGUGGGGCGGCUGGCAGCCACAGCUCACCCCCCAGUUCCUGCGGUGGCAGUGGGGGGCCCAGCGGUGGCAACAUCAUGACUGUCACUACUUGUGCUUAG